GGUGGUUCAUACGCCUCAAUCUAUGAUGCAUACACCGCAGCUACAACAACAGUUGGUUCAAACUCCGGUGCAGACUCCGCAACAGCAUCAGUCUUUAGCUUCUCAUUUCCAUCUCUAUCCGAUGGUGGAGAAAUUAGCCGAUGUGAUCGAAAAUGGAACACGAGAUCAGAAUUCUGAUGCACUGGUGACUGAAUUGAAUAGCCAUUUCGACAAGUGUCAACAGUUGUUGAAUUCGAUUUCAGGAUCACUAGGAUCUAAAACUAUGACUGUUGAUGGCCAAAAGAGAAAUGUUGAAGAAAGUGAGCAAUUGCUUCAACAAAGAAGGGAUUUAAUUGUGGAGUAUAGGAAAUCUAUUGAAGAGAUUGUGAAGAUCGAGCCUUAGUUCCCAUGUUUUGAUUCAGCAAUUGUUUAGCUACUUGGGACCAAUAAUUGUUAUCAAUAAACCAAUCUUGAUUCACAUAAUAAGGAGAAUGUGGUUUUCUUCAAGAAAAUUCGUUUUCAUCAGAUCACAAUGCAUCAUGUGUUUUGUCUGCAUCAAACCAAACCGCCGUUUUUGGGUUUUGCUCUAGUCAUUUCCGUGUUGUUGGAAAUGGUUUCUGUUGAAGGUAGUAAGCUUGAUGAAGACGCCCUUGUAACCUUGAAUUGAGCUUGAGGGUUACUAUUCUCGGAUGGAGCUUAUCCCUCUUCCGCAAGUUUUCUGGGCAGAUUCAUCACGGUGGUAAGAAACUUGGAUGAUAACG